AUGAAAUUCAUUUCUUUCUUUUAUUUCAGCUUAAAUAGCACAUCAACAGUAUCUUCAUCACUAUCAACAGCAACAUCAUCAUUGUUAUCAAUUAAACCAUCAACAUCAUCACUGCCAUCAUCCUUACGAUCAUCAUCAACAUCAUCAUCAUCAGCAGCAGCAGUAGCGGCAGCAGCAACAGCAGCAGUAGCAAUAGCAUCAUCAACAACAGCAUCAUUAUCGCUAUCAUCAUCAUCAUCAUCAUCAUCAUCAUCAUCAUCAUCAUUAUCAUUAUCAUCUCUAUCAUCAAUGAUAUUUGCUGAUGAUAUGGAAGUUAUUGCGCAGGAUGAUUGUCGUUUCAGACCUACACUUGAAAAUUAUAUCACGAUUGUUUCAUUUUGUAUCAUUUUUUUCCUCUCUGUUGUCGGCAAUGCAAUCGUUGUUGCUGUCAUUUUACAGCAACAUUCAGUGCGAUCGGUGACAAAUAUUUAUUUGUUAAAUUUGGCAAUAUCCGAUUUGAUGUUAUCAGUGAUUUGUAUGCCACCAACUCUUGUUAGCUCCGUUAUUUAUUGUUGGAUGUUCGGCGAUCUCCUCUGCAAGUUAUUUGCAUACUUGCAACCAGUUGUAGUGACAGCAUCAGCAUAUACAUUAGCUGUGAUUGCAUUUGAACGAUAUUAUGCCAUUUGUAAGCCAUUACAUUCAAGAAUUUGGCAUACCCGAUCACAUGCCUAUACAAUGAUCAGUUUGGUUUGGGUUAUUUCCAUUCUUGCAAAUUUAUUUAUGCUUUUUAUGUUCGAACUACAAACCUAUAAUGUUAAUGGUCUAACAUGUGCACCAAAAUAUCGACCAGUUCUUCAUUUCGGUUAUCAGAUAUAUAUGACCUCAGUGUUACUGCUUAUUCCAUUAUGCAUAAUGAUUGUUUUAUAUGGAUCGGUGAUACAUGCUUUAAGGGUUGAUAUGAAGAUGGAUCAUACCUCCGCUUCAACAACCUAUAAUAUGAGUGGAAGGAACGAUGAUGAGGGACCAUGUAAUGAUGCAAUACAGGGUACCAUGAAAAUGUUGAAAAACAAGAAUAGAAAAAAUAUAAGCUCAAUUUCAUCAAAGAAGUUCCGUUGUUCCUGUUGCUUUUAUAAUUCAGUAAAACAAAUACAAACCAAUUCUGAUGCAACAUCAUUAACCACCACCACUGAUACGUGGAAAAAUAAAUCGAUCGAUUUUAAUGGUAAAAAUAGCCUACGAUCUACUCAUAGUGAACGAUCAGUUCUGGCCAAACAACGCGUUAUCAAAAUGCUUAUCGUCAUUGUUAUCAUAUUUUUUUGCUGUUGGACACCAAAUUAUAUGUGGUGGCUAUUGCUAACAGCCCAGGAUUCAUUCAAGACUUUCGAUAUUUGGAACUCAGCAGUGAAUACGGCAAUAACAGUGCUUUGCUACAUAUCUUCAUGCGCUAAUCCGAUCACCUAUUGUUUCCUGAAUAAGAAAUUUCGUACUGCACUACUAAUUACGUUUGGUUGUUUGCGGAAAACUCCAGACCACUUCUCGACUAUUUAUUUACCCGAAACACAGAUGGAUACAUCAACACGAAAGAAAUCAAACAAAGAAAUGACCACCACUCUCCAAACAGAAAGAUCUGGUGAGAAUAAUGAAUCGUCUAUAAACUCUAAAACGGUACUUUAUCCCACGGGUUCGACUACUACAACUGAUAGGAAUGACCACAGGGCGCCAGCAAAGAAAGAAGGCAGUAUCCAAGUAGCUAUCGAUGGGACAGAAAAAAGAAAUUUGUUGAAAGUGAUUGUAAUUAAACCUAACAUUUCUUCUUCGUGA